AUGGGUUCCAUUAUUUGGCUGCUCGCGAUCUCUCUCACUUCAGUAUGGGCCACCACCGAUAGAUCAUCAUGCUUCCAAUACAUCGAAUGUUAUGAAAACGCUCAAGCAAGCUUGAAAAACUGUGCUGGAGGAACAGGAAUUGCUCUUACUCUUGAAAGCAAAGAUAAAACUCUGAGUGAACUCUUCAAUGGACGUUCUCAAGUAAUCAGUGGUUGUCAAGACCAUCUUAUGAAGGAAAUAAUCGACUUCGAUGCUUUGCAAGUUCUCGUUACUCAGGAUUCUCGAGAGUGCUUCGAGAAACUUCCCGAAACAACACAACAAGUCGACGCGAAGUCUGGAGUGUGUGAAUAUUCACCUACACCUUCUCGAGAUCAUUAUGGAAAAGAACAGUAUCAAUGCGUCGUUGAGUAUUUGGCUGACCGACAGCAAUGUGAAGCUUUACUCAACUGUUGCCCAGACCACACUCGCUGCGCCGAGCGGGUCAACGCUGUAAGCUUAGCUUAUCAACAAGGAAAAGCGAAAUCUCUCCAAAUUGUAUCAAACUUGCUGAGCUGUGUCGUUUCACGCGACCCAAGUGCACAUGAGUUGGUCUCAAAGUUACGUCGUCAACGUAGUGCUGUGAGAAACGCUGGUUUACCUUUCCUCAAGCCUGAUUUGGCCACCGAAGAAAGAAUCGCCCGUCGCCAAUCUUUGACUUCUACUGUUACGUUCUCUGACAGACAACAGAAGUUCGUUCAACGUUACAACGAGAUCAGAGAAGUUCUCGCUAAACGCAUCAUUGAAAUCGCAGAGUUAGCUAAGCUACCUACAACUGCCUCGCCAAUCACUGAUGAACGCAGAGUCUCCAUUAUUAAGACGCUCUUGAAAGAUGCUGAUGACCAAGAGUUGGCUAUUUAUGUAUCUCUCAUAUCAGAAGGAAACUUUGAGAAGCUUUCUGAGUUGGAAAAACAAAAGCUUCUCAAAAUUGAAGACGAGAAGGGAGCUGACAAUGCGAUCGAGAAAAUUGGAAUAAUCAAGAGCGCCAUUAAGAAAGCACUGUCCAAGAAAGAACAGAAGACAGUUGAAUAUGCCAUCAAAGCUCAACUUCCUCAAGGAGUCGCAGAAGACCUUCAAGAAGAGGAUAUCUGGAACGAUCGCAAAGAGAAAGAAGCAGUGAAUGAAGUUUUAGGAGAAGUAUUAGAAGAUGUCGACAGCGACAUUCUCUUCAGAGCCAAAAAAUUCGCUUCCGCUGUUGGUGAAGCUAUAGAGGCUCAGAAGGAACUAAUCUUAACCAAGGACAACACUUUCAAUGGUAACGGAUUAUCUCAACAACGAACUUCAUCUGCCAGCGAUGUUCCAGAAGGUGGCAAAGUACAUGACUUCGAAACUAUCAAAGACAAAGUUGAUGCUGCCGUUCCUGCCGUGAAGCAAACAACUUUGGCUCUCACAAACAUCCAACCUCUCACUCAAGCAAGACUCGUAAGCUCCGUUCAGAAACCUAUCGACACUCUACCAGUAGAAGAAGGAUCAGGAGAUGGAGAAGUCGAAGGCUCUGGAACUGAAGAAGUCAAACAGAGCUCUGAAAUCGAAUCCACUGUGCUUAUCCAAGACGAACUCAUUUUGAACAGAAAGCAAGACGGAAAGGAAGAGGAAGUAAUUCCAGAUGAUAAGGAACUCGUGAAAAGAGCUCAUCAUAAGAAAGACAAGAGCGGAUCAUCUUCUGAGUCCAACUCUUCUGAGUCAGAGGAGCAUCAUAAGAAGCAUAAGAAAACAAGACACCAUAAGAAGCAUGGUCACAAAAAAGGAGAUAAGCAUCAUAGCAGCGAAGGAUCUGAAGAAGGAAAAACAACUUCUGCUCCAACUACGAGUACAGCAGCUACAACGACAACCGCUUCCGUCACCACCACACCCGGAGUAACUUCUACAACUAAUCCAGAAACUAGCACAGCUGAAGCAUCCAAAACAAGUGAAGGCACCUCUCCUUCUUCUACUUCUUCAACUGAAAGUUCUACAACAUCAAAACCUGAGACUACAACUGUAGAAGGAGAAAUUCAUAUUCCAUCCAACAACAGAGCUCCUCGUGAGGAUGAGAAUAUUGUAGUUGAAGAAGAUCAUGAAAACAAGAGGAAUAUCGAAGAAAUAAUCCAAGGAGUUAACAAAGACCGUGAGGAAUUCCAUGAGAAACUUGAAAACCUGAAGUCUAAAUUAGCAAAGAUUGAUGCUGUUUCUCAAGAUGAGCAGAAGGCUCAAGUAAUCAAUGAGGGCGAAAACAAGAUAUCCACUAUUGCUAGCACAAUCACUGGAGGAAUAACUGAUAAGACUAUUGUUGUUGAUGCUUCAACUGAUUCUGAAUCUACGGCUCAUCCACAAGUUCUCCCCAACUUCUGCUCUCAAUACGCUCGUUGUAGCGACAUCGCUCAUGAAUUUGAGAAUCGCUGUCAUCAACGAUUCUCCGAAGGAAUUCAAACUCAUGGAAUCGAAGAAUUCGAGAUUGUUGACAUCCUUUCAAAGAACUCACUCAGUAAGCAUGAAGUCGUCAUCAAGACUUGCUUAUACCCAUUGGAUAAGAACUCCUACAAUAAUCUUCGUCAACUGAUUCAUGUUGAACGAGGUGUGAGGAGAGCCUGUCUUGAUUUGGGACGAAAUCGCGGCAGACUAUCAGCUGAAGAUUUGUCUCAAUGUCAAGACCCUCGCACAUCUACUGAAAGCGUCGAACGAUUCUUGAACGACAACAAAAUCCGUUCAGAAGAGAAUCUGUUGACUUGUUUAGCCCAGAUUGAAUCCUUCCGCGACAGUUGUAAUAAUAUCAGUCGCUGUUGCGCAAGUAUCAACCCAUGCGACAAGUACAUCAAGCAAUCACCCAUUCAAAACAUGAAGAAAGAGGCUAUUGGAACUCUCGUGCAAAGACAAACAGCUUGCGAAGAGCGUAUGAUGGAAACAUUAAAAUACAUCCAUGACAACCUUACUAGCCGUCGUAGAAGAUUCUACAAAAACUAA